AUGCUCUGGACCACUUUCUUUGCGCUGCCGGCGGCUGUGUCGGCGCUGGCCAUGCCGCACUGGAUGAAGAGGCAGGGCAGUCUGACUAUGCUGCGGUUCGGAUGUGCGCAGGUCGUCAUUGACAGACUGGAUCCUCUGGUCAAUCCAGGGUCGAUUCCAUCUCCGCAUGUCCAUCAGAUUGUCGGCGGCAACGCCUUCAAUGCGUCCAUGACCCAAGGGGACGUUUCGGCGGGGGCUUCUUGCACAACGUGCGCUUUCAGCGACGAUUUCUCCAACUACUGGACGGCCAACCUGUACUUCAAAGCUCGUAAUGGCAGUUACAAGCGUGUCAAGCAGCUGGGCGCUGCACGCCAGUUCAAUGAUGACUUCAGCACGAAGAUCGGCGGUGGCGUCCUCGUUUACUAUGUCUCCGCACAACCGGGAAAAAUCACUGCUUUCAAACCGGGAUUCCGCAUGCUUGUCGGAGACCCGACCCGCCGUACUCCGGACCCAGCCAUGAAAAGGCAGAACUGCUAUCGCUGCUACACUGGUCCCAAUUUUGGUGGUGACACUGCCGCUCCUUGUGCAGACAGCAAGAUCGAUACGCAGGGUCUGCCGAAGGAACCAUGCAAAGGCGGGAUCCGCUCAAACAUCCAUUUCCCGACGUGCUGGGAUGGCAAGAACCUCGACAGCCCUGAUCACAAGUCCCACGUUGCGUACCCGACGAGUGGGCCGGCCAACUUCCUGAGCUUGGGUGGAAACUGCCCCUCUACGCAUCCAGUCAGGAUUCCACAGCUGAUGUAUGAGGUUGUGUGGGAUACCACUGAAUUCAACAACAAGGCGGACUGGCCCACGGAUGGGUCUCAACCCUUCUACUUCAGCUACGGCGACAACACUGGUUACGGCCAGCACGCCGAUUACGUCUUUGGCUGGAAAGGCAACGCGCUCCAGGUGGGCAUGGAUGCGACUGGUUGUAUGGGAGCCAAGUGCAAGGACAUGAAGACACAGAGCAUCGAUGCCGCCAAGCGAUGCAGUGUCAAGACCAGGGUCAACGAGGAUCACGACGGAUGGCUCGACAAGCUUCCCGGGAUGGAGAUGUAGAGCGGACUGGGGCCUGGGUUAUUCAUCUUCUGCCCGCUCCAGUUGAUAUAUUAGUGUUU